AUGUCUGACCUGUGUCCAGUUUACGCCCCCUUUUUCGGUGCAAUGGGCUGCACUAGCGCCAUUGUCUUUACAUGCAUAGGAGCGAGCUAUGGUACCGCCAAGUCUGGUGUUGGUAUCUCCGCCAUGUCAGUGCUGCGGCCUGACUUGAUGAUGAAGUGUGUCGUUCCCGUUAUUAUGGCUGGUAUCAUUGCUAUCUACGGACUCGUCGUCUCGGUGCUCAUUUCCGGUGGCUUGGAGGUGCAAAUGACCCUGUUCCAAGGCUUCAUUCAACUUGGUGCUGGCCUGUCAGUCGGUCUCGCUGGUCUCGCUGCUGGUUUCGCCAUUGGUAUCGUCGGAGAUGCUGGUGUGAGGGGAACUGCGCAACAACCUAGGCUUUUCGUCGGCAUGAUUUUGAUCCUCAUUUUCGCCGAAGUUCUGGGUCUUUAUGGUCUCAUCGUCGCUCUGAUUAUGAACACGAGGGCCUCCCAGGUCAACCCUGGCAUCCUGAGUUCCGCGCCGCCGAAGACCGUCAACGAUCCCUUUCGUGCUAUAUCACUUCAAGUGCCUAAGGAACCGGAGCCUCCGGUGUGCUGCCUGAAACCUCUAUCUCGGCUGGAACCUGUAGAGGAAGAGCUGCUACUUUCUUUCGAGGAGUGGAAGGCGAAACGUUCCUCGCAGGAGCAGGAGGCGGCGCACCGACCGCGCUCCACGGGAGGGGCAAACGGGACUUCCAGAGGUUCUGGCUCGGAGCAUGGAGCGGAGUCCUCGUCUUCAGAUUCUUCAGUGCCCUCAGCAGCUGGCUCAAGUAUCCAGGAGGCUGGAGAUGCAAGUAAUGUGCCCCAGGACAUGCUGCCACCGCACUUCAGAGUCCCCAUCACGGAUAGGUUUAACUACGCUAGCAUGGACUGCUCCGCCCGGGUGCACACCGCGCACAGGUCUGCGAAGUCCCCUCAUAAUAUCUUGUCGUCAAAGAAAGAUAGGUACAUGCUCAGCCCGUGCGCGAAGCCGGACGGGGAGAAGCAGUUCGUGGUGGUCGAGCUUUGCGAUGAUAUCCGGAUAGACACUGUCCAGCUAGCCAACUUCGAGUUCUUCUCGGGGGUGUUCAAGGACUUCACGGUUAGCGUGGCGAAGACGUAUACGACGGAUGCGUCGGAAGGGUGGACGUAUGCUGGGACCUACAGGGCGAAGAAUGUACGCGGUGUUCAGUCAUUCCACCCUCCGACCUCCUUACGGGAUUUCUAUCGCUAUAUCCGGAUAGACUUCCACUCGCACUACGGCAAUGAGUACUACUGCCCCAUGUCUCUUCUUAGAGUGUAUGGCCUGACACAUCUGGAAGAAUUCAAGUGGGAUAUAUGGGCUCAGCAGGCCGAGGCUGAGGCCAAGGCGAAAAGGGCAGCCAUGGAAGAGGCAGUGGCCGCGUCCACUCAGUCUCAGGAAUUACCCCAGCCCGCGGAGCGACCGAGGGAAGAGACCGUAGCGUCUGCAAACGUCUCCACAUCCCAAAGGCAGAGUACUCCACAAUCCACUACCCAUGAGUCACCUUCCACACAGAGUACCGAAGUAUCCGCAGGCCCAUCCACAGUCGAAUCAGAUACUUCGGCACGGACAGCUCCGGAUUCAUCCAACACUCAUUCGACGCCUAUUCGGCAUGAGGCUAUGGAGUCAGAUACCGAAGAGGCUGGGACGUCCCUUGGCCAUCACUCUACUGAUACGGCUGGUCCGAAAGAAACUGCUGACCAUCCUAUAGCUGCUGGUCUAAGAUCGAGCACGUCUGCAUCUUUACACAACACCCACAAUACAGUAACGAAUCGCGAUACACCAGUGCAACAGUCGGCAGCUGUCCCGCCUUUGGAUGCUACCCCCACUUCCGUGGGAUCGUCCUCACCACCCGCAAAUUAUUCGGGUGCCUCUCCAGAGACCAGAACGUCACAAUCAAAUGGCAACGGCUCUAUCUCGAACACCUCGUCCUCUUCGACGUCUGUGCCCACCGUGGUUGCCAGCCCGUCGACAGCCACGGUAGUGUCGCUGUCACCGGUACCGCCGGCUUCGACAGGGGGCGAAUCAAUUUAUAGGAUAAUCAUGAACCGACUGAGCGCCUUGGAGGGCAACACAACUCUUUAUGCGAGAUACGUGGAGGAACAGACCGCUGCUAUACGCGAAGUCCUGAGGAGACUCGGAGAAGACGUCGGGAGACUCGAGGGUAUUGGGAAAGCGCAGGCGCAGACGUAUCAACGAUCAAUGCACGAGUUCGACAGGUAUAGACGGAAGUUGGAGAUAGAACACGGUGAAUUAUUAUCGCGGGUGAAUUAUCUAGCAGACGAGGUUGUGCUGGAAAAGCGGCUCGGGAUCGCGCAGCUUUGCUUGCUCCUCGCUGUGCUCGUAUUUAUGUCACUGACGAGAGGCUCUAGAGUGGAGGGCAUGAUUGACCACCGAGCCGCUGCUAUGUUAGACGGCAUAUCUAGGUCAUCCUCCAUGAGGGACUGGGGUAGGCGGACGCUCAGUUUCAGCGGUGAUUGGGUCAGCCGUUUCAAGGCCAAAGACCCUGCUCAUAGCACCCCUGGCCUAAGCAAUUCUUCCAGGAAGCACGCAGAUGGAAAGAUUCAAUUCCCUUCACGUUCGACCCCUCCGCAAAAUGAGAACAUCAAGCCUAGUCGGAAAGCAGAGAGUGACCGACCACACAAAACUGGCGGUCGACCUCAUACUCCUACGUCACUUCGAACGCCCGGCAGUAGAUAUCUUAUCCAUCGAAGACCGCUGACUCCUACUGGCAACUCCUCGCCUCGUCCUCUCAUACAGCGAUCUAAUUCGCAAGGCACACCUCAUGGCUUCGCCUUGGUUGGCCCUGUACCGAAGUCGGCCAAGCGGUGGGCAAGGACGGCUCAUUUGCACGAAGUCAAGACGCCAGGAAGGACCAAAGAGCAAGUCUCCGAUGCAUCACAAGAUACUAAUGGAGAUGGCGGACCAAGAACAAAUGGUAUGGAGGACGACUUUUCCCGCAGAUCAAACCACGAUCGACUAGGGGUCGACGAAGCACAAGCCCGGGUUUCGCGGAUGCCAUCUCCUUUACGCAUCUCCUCGACGGAAGACUCGCCUGGCCACGAUACAAGACAGAAUUCCGAGACCGAUGCAGAUGCGUGGAUCGAUACGGAUAUGGACGGCUCAGAACUUGACGUCAACCCAGGUCAAGACGUGGACGUCUUCGCCUAAAACGCCGCUCGGACCGUAUCCACUCCGUCAAGAGAACCAUUAUGUACACAGAGCAAAUCAUCUGGCAUGGGUUCUCCAAUCCCAGGCUUCUCCGGAAGCGUUCUUCAGUUCGUUUAUCUCCCUCCAUCUCACCUACGGCAUUCGCACGCACUACCCUCGCAUUGGACUUGGACCAGCAUGGUACAUACACUUGUUUAUUAGCAUUGCAUUUCAUGGAACUAUCGAGACCGUUUAUGUACAGUAGCAUGAGCGAUUUACACGGAGAGGGUCACAGGGGCGCUCUAUAUCCGCUGACCAACCUGAA